AUGUUCAGUGAAGGUGACUCCACUAUCGAUCACGACGCCGAGAGUCUUAGCCUUGUCACAGACAUCCAGCAGACUCCUGCUUUCAAUUUAGGAAAACAUGAAUGUGUAUGGAAGGUUAAGUCAAAAGACUAUCACAAUAGGGAAAAGAAGGAAGCAGCCCACCGUAGUUUACUAUUAGUAGUGAAAGGGUUUGACAGUACUGCAACAAAAAGCGAUGUGUUGAAGAAGAUAAACACUAUCAGAAGUGCAUUUCGUAAGGAACAAAGAAAGGUAACAGCCUCUCAACGUUCUGGCAGUGGUACAGACGAUAUAUAUGUACCAAAGCUGUGGUACUACAGUGAACUUUUGUUUCUUAUUGACCAGGAAGAAUGUCUAGGAGGGACUUCCAACUUAGGAGAAGGAAGAGUCAGUGAAGACGAGGUAAGAGAAUUAAAUUACUACCAUUGGGCGAUCGAAUCCUCCCUCAAGUUGCUCGAACCGCUUCCAAUAUUACCUCUGCAACACCUGAACCUAAAGAUUCUUUUAAACGGCAAAAAAAAUUGUCCCCGUGGUGAUCAAGUCUUGGUUAAUAUUGGGACAAACGACUGGCAACAACAAAAAGAAGAAGAUCACUACGACGCCUUUGGGAAGAACGUUGCUCAAAAGCUGAGAUUGCUGAACAAUGAGCAAAGGAUUUAUGCGCAGAAAAUCAUUAAUGAUGCCCUGUUUGAAGCAGAACUAGGUGGACUAACACGAUUUGCUACAGUUAACCCAGGUAUUCUUUACUCAAGUUUCCACAACACCAUCGGCAGCUAG